CAGACUGGAUAAACAGAAGUACACCUGUAGGCUGUUUUAUGAACGGGGGGGUGUACGAACAGCGCGGGAAAAGGGGUACUUUCAAAUGCAACCUGUAGCGGAGCUCUCCUGUUUGAUAACUCUCGAUGGCUAAACAAUUGAAACGACCUCCACAACAAGGCAAAACUCUUCCCUUUCGGUAAUUAUCAGAGAGUAUAGAGGGGCCUUAAAUAACCCGUUGUCAAAAAUAACUGGUGACCAUUCAGAACUUUACUAACAAAGCACUGAACAUGACUUGUAUGGAAGGCACUAGUUCAUCACUCUAGUUACCUCAUUGCUCAUGAUUUAUUUAUUUAUUUAUUUAUUUUUAUCGUUAACAAGCGCUUUACAAAGGGGCCUUAAAUAACUCGUCACAACGCCAACUGGCGACAAUUCAGAUCCCAACUGACGUUCGCUAACUUUACUAGCAAAGCCCUGUGUGAAAGGCGCUAGUUAGCCCCUCUGCAGUUAGAGCUACCUCGAGUAACUGCGUUCUACGAGGCGGUGAAAUAUCGAGGACUAUCUGAAGUCAGUUAUCAAGAAAUUAAGCGAAUACUUGUGUUAUAGACACCAUUACAAGCGCAGAAAUUGAUCGAACGACACGAUUGAAUAAUUUAUGAAGACUAUUAUAGGCCAUCACUCAAACUUUUAGUUUUAAGAAGUUAACCAUUUUUGACAUUAAUCCCUUACCUUGCCGCCAUUUCCAACGGGUCCGGGCGAGAAGCUGGGAUGGAGAGGGGUUCGGCCUCCUCAUUGCUGAUUGGUGAUAACUGUGCUCCCGUCUCUCACGCUUGUCAGUUAUUUUUUGUCACGAGAAGAGAGUGGCGGUGAUAGGCCUAGAUCAUAGGACUAGAGUGUAAUUUUGAGCAUGGACUAUGGUUUUGAAGUUAACGGUUUCACUAGCUCGUUGACAUGCCCGCCCCCCUCAUUUUUUUGUCUUCGGAUCUACGUGAUUCAGAAGAAUGACCCAUUUUGAUUUCAAAACGGCGAAAUUUCGCCGAAAGGUGGCAAGUUUGCAUGCCUGGUUAUCAGGUAUUCACAGUUCAACAAAAAUUAGUGGAUGAGAGAAGCUCGGUGAGGAAGAGAAGAACGUUUUUGGGUCAGUGUCAAGGAAUUUCAGGACCACUAUUCGGCGUCCUACGCUGGGUGAAGCAGUGCCGGUUAUAGUGGGAAUGGGACGCCGUGAACCUCAAUUUAGAUCAUUGUUAGUUGAUGUAGGUUUGCAUAGGGACGGUAGGGAUAUAACACUACCAACUUUUCAAGAUGCUCAAAUUGUCCCCACCAACCUUUAAGCAACCAUAUAUGGAUUAUAUAAUGAGUUCAGUUACACAGGUAAUUUAGAUUGUCUUUCCAUAUGUGUAAGGAAAGAAUUGACCCUAGCAUUAUUAACUUACAUUUACCCCUUUUCACUUGCUGAAUGUGCCGGUCCACCCCCCCCCCAAACGCACGUUUGAUUGGCUGAUGACUCGACCCACCCCCAAUACACACAGGCAUGCUCACACUCACAUGGCUCUGACAGAAAUACAUGUCGACAACAUGCCGCCUCCUCCGCCUCCUUCGAAGACGAGGGAUAUUAGAAGUUUUUUUCGGCCAGCAGCAGCCACUGUAAGUAACUUAAAAAGACACCAAUGUUGUGGAGGUGGAAAACACACAACUAAUUUUGCUACUGAAAGUCUGACCUGUAUCAGAGUUAGCAUAACAUUAAACUGUGUGAACUUGCUAACCUGCAAAACUCGAGUAGGAAGCUGCUUAGAGAGAAGUGUCCUACUGUUUCUGUUUUCUACUGCUAACGUUAAUUAAACUGUGAGAGAUGUAGUGAACUCUGCUGGAAAAAGAACCAGAAAGACGUGAGCAAGAAGCUGCUUAGAGAGUGACGGGUCCUGCAUAACCUCAUAUUUUGCUCACACAACACGACAUAAUCAUAAUUAACAAUUUGCAUUAAAAAAAGUUCCCACACUAGCUUUGCAAUCAACUGGUCGAUCGUGAUCAACGUAAUGAGCACCCCACAUUUAGCCUAUCAAUUAAUUAGGUUCAUAUCCGCGAGAAAUGUUACCAUGACCCCAGUUCACUAAUCUAUUUGGUCUUCUUAAUGUACAUGCAGGUUAUGCUGUUAUAUAGUCCCUACCAAUGUUGAGACCAAACCUACGCCCUUGGGGAGAAUACCAUAAAGAUAAGAGGUUCCACUGAGAAGUUGAAGCUCAUAUUCAGGAGGGGUGGUGUUUUCAUUCUGGCCAGCUGUACACCCUUGGUAGUAUUAAAGGGACAGGCAACACGUUUAUCAUGUGCAUUUGAGAAGAAAGAAUUUUGUUUGACGAAUCGUAAUAGUGGAGAAAAACUUAGAUAGAAGCCAGUAUUUCCAGGAAGUGGAUGCAUGAAAUGCAAGGGUUAGGGCCAGACAUUUUUAUAUAUCACUACAGUUUUAGCCAAUCAAAUGCAAGCACACCAAAUCGCCUGCCCUUCCCUGUGACUUCAGUAAUACCCAUUGUCCCGUGCACCUAUAUGUUUGAGUGAGUGUUUAUAUGUGUGGGUAUGACUGAGAUCACAAAAUGGCUGUGCUUGAAAGCACUUUAAUGUUUGUGUUUAAACAUUAUUUUCUCCAUUAUCAGAUGUCAAAGAAAUUUACGAUUUGCAUGCCAUGCAUACUUUUAGCAUCCAUCUUUUACAUGAAGGUCGUUUAUACUUGGUGUUGCCUGUCCUGUUAAUGAUGUCUGACCAAGUCCCUCAGGAGCGAGCCCAGUAAUACGUCUUUUUUUUGUGUGUUUUAAUCCUGUACGACCAGUGUCAGUUUGGUCCGCAUUGCUGUCAGUACUUCAGACUUUUUUCCAGUGACGGUUGGACCUCCCUCAUGUCAGAUUGUGUUCAUAAUCCUUAUGGACUGAUUUUUUGAGCAUUGCUAAGGAAUUGAAGGAGUUCUGGUUUAGUAGCUUUAGUGUUUUAUUACUACUUUUUGCAGAUUAUAUAAUUCUGUCAGCUCCAACAGGCCGCUAUGUUCAGCACUUAAUGAAUUGGUUUGAGGGCAAAGCAGUUGUGAUAGGAAUCAGCAAUUCCAACUUCACCUGUAGUUAUUAGCUGUGGCUCAUGCCCGAAAUAACGAAAUAGCAGAUACUGUACAAGUGGCCGAAAUGAGCUUUUGUCAUGACCAGGAAAAGCGAGCUAGAAAAAUUUUUGUGUUCCAAUACAUCAAGUCUGUGUUUCGGUUUUCAGUCGGACAGUAAUCUUCAGGGAAUUUACAAGCGUAAAAUAUACUCUCACAUGACACAACCUGUUCUUCAAGUGCCUCAACUUACACCCAAUAAGUGAAAUGUUAAACCUUGGAAGAAGAAGAAGCAUGGCACAUUAAAUCCAAUAUUAAGUGGUGGCCCUGCUCACACCAGUCCAACAAAAACCCAUGAAGUCACACAGACAUUUACCUGUGACAUUUCCUCAGGUGGGCCGUCUCAUUGUUGGUCACCAUGGAUUAAUGUCCACACCAGCUUGUUCCUGUGUGAUCAGGAAAUUUAAAGCCAUCGGUGGUAUCAUCCUCACCGCCAGUCACAACCCAGCGGGGCCUGACGGGGACUUUGGCAUCAAGUUCAGCACUGCAAAUGGAGGACCAGCCAAUGAUGCCAUUACAAACAAGAUCUACCAGAUCAGUAGAACCAUUGAAGAGUUUGCCAUCUGCCCUGGACUCAGACUUGAUCUGACAACUCUAGGCAAACAGACAUUUGAUCUGGAAAACAAGUUCAAACCUUUUACAGUUGAAAUUGUGGAUGCUGUGGAGUCCUAUGCUAACUUGAUGAGAAACAUCUUCGACUUUGCUGCCCUGAAGGAGCUUCUAUCGGGCGAAGACCACAUCAAAAUAAGACUGGAUGCCAUGCAUGGAGUGGUAGGUCCAUAUGUGAAGAGAAUACUUUGUGAUGAACUAGGUUGUCCUGACAAUUGUGCCAUCAAUUGUGUCCCAAUGGAAGAUUUUGGUGGUCACCGUGCCGAUCCAAACCUCAUCUACGCUGUAGACUUGAUUGACAGCAUGAGAGAUGGAGAGUAUGACUUUGGUGCAGCAUUUGAUAGCGAUGGGGAUCGAAACAUGAUCCUUGGAAAGCACGGCCUCUUUGUCACCCCGUCUGACUCGUUGGCCGUGAUCGCUGACAACAUCUUCUGUAUCCCAUACUUUCAGCACAGAGGGGUGAGGGGCUUGGCCCGCAGCAUGCCCACAAGUGCGGCCUUGGACAGAGUAGCCAAGGCUACAAAAAUAGAGCUGUAUGAAACUCCCACUGGGUGGAAGUUCUUUGGAAACUUAAUGGACGCAGGACGACUGUCUUUGUGUGGAGAAGAAAGCUUUGGAACAAGUGGAGAUCAUAUUCGUGAGAAGGAUGGGCUUUGGGCUGCGCUGGCGUGGCUGACCAUCAUGGCCUCAAGAAGGCAAAGUGUGGAAGAAAUACUUCAAUACCACUGGAUAAAAUAUGGAAGAAACUACUUCACCAGGUAUGACUAUGAGAACAUUGACAUUGACGCAGCCUGUGAAAUGAUGGAGGAUGUUGAGCUCCUGAUUGCAGACAAGACUUUUGUGAGGCAGCGAUUUGCAGUGGAAGACAAAAUCUAUCAAGUGGAAAAAGCUGACAAUUUUGAAUACACAGACCCAGUUGACAGCAGCAUCACCCGGAACCAAGGUCUGCGGAUAAUCUUCUCUGAUGGUUCUCGAAUCAUCUACAGGCUCAGUGGUACAAGUAGUGAUGGGGCCACCGUUCGGAUCUACCUGGAAACCUAUGAGAAGGAAGCCGUAUUUCAAGAAACACAGGUGGUGUUGGCACCAUUAGCCACAAUCGCUCUGAAGAUUUCCCAGCUCCAUCACAGGACUGGUCGUACUGGUCCGUCAGUUAUCACUUAACUUAACCCACCAGUUACCCCAUAGUAGCUUUCAUUUAAAAGCACACACACACACUAUAUACAUAAUUCAAUUUUAUAUGCUAAUGUGGCAAUAAUGUUGUAGGAUUUAGGUGACAAAA